AUGAUGUUCAGAGAGACCCUGAACUUCCUCAGCUGUCUGAGGUGUCUCCUGUGGAUUCUCACGAUUCCUCCAGCAGUUCUCGGGGGCGACCUGACGGAGCCGUGCGGUGGGCGGGACUGUACCACCUGUCAGUGUUCCCCAGCCAAAGGAGCGAGGGGUGCUCCAGGUGCUCUGGGUCCACAGGGUCCUCAGGGGCCCCCAGGCUUUCCAGGCCCUCAGGGGCCUCCAGGAGAGAAGGGAAAGAGAGGAGACGAGGGGCCAACUGGUGCUCCGGGACUGAAAGGUGACGUGGGAAUUGUCGGCGUUGGUGGUUUUCCAGGAUUAGAGGGAGUUUCGGGUCACCCAGGACCCGCUGGAGGUCCCGGUUUUCCAGGUCUGGAUGGAUGUAAUGGAACCACAGGGGACCGAGGACAGACUGGACUUCCGGGAGAACAAGGACCUGCUGGAGAACCGGGUUUUCCCGGACUGAAGGGAUUUCCAGGAGAUCCAUCUGUCUACUUUAUACAGUUGCCCGGAGUAACCGGAGACGUCGGGCCCAGUGGACUUCGUGGCCUGCCGGGAAUCCCUGGUGAGCCUGGUUCUAGAGGUCCACCUGGAGAAAAAGGUCGAUCUCUGCCCGGACAGAAAGGAGACGAGGGGGAUCAGGGCCUCCAGGGGCCUCCGGGGCCGUUCGAGUACGUCGACCCUCCGGAGGACCUGUACAUCAAAGGAGAUCAGGGUCCACAAGGGAUUAAAGGAGCCUGUGGAGUUCAGGGAUUGCCGGGUUUGGAUGCGCUCCCGGGGAUUAAAGGAGAGAAGGGGAUCAUAGGGUUUCCCGGACCUAGGGGGUUCUCUGGGGAACCUGGUCUAACUGGAGAUAAAGGAUUCAAGGGCAUACGAGGAAGUCCUGGACUUCCAGGACUGAUUGGACAAGAAGGUCCGAAGGGUGUGAUGGGAGAUCCAGGUCCUAAAGGCCUCCCUCAGCACGCAGACAUCACACACAAAGGAACCCUCGGAGAACCCGGGGCCUCCGGACUGAGCGGCCCUCCAGGGGACAUCGGACUGAUGGGAACACAUGGACCCAAAGGAGUCCUUGGCAGAUCAAUACCUGGACCGCCAGGUGUUCUGGGUGAGACAGGAGUUCGAGGAGAAAAAGGAGACAAAGGAGAUCCAGGUCAGAUGUUUCAAGAUGAACUCUCACCUGGAGAACCUGGAAAACCAGGACGGGCUGGACUCAGGGGCCUUAAAGGAGAGCCUGGUGUUCCAGGAAGUUACUGUCUUUCUGGAGCCCCAGGACAAACUGGAGAUCCAGGUCUACAGGGGGCCCCGGGGGUUCAAGGCUUCGCAGGGUUUAAAGGUAGCAGUGGUGACUGUUCUUGCGGUCCUCCAGUUGUUCUGAGGGGGGCCCCGGGUCCAGUAGGUGACUUGGGGUCUCCGGGAUCUCCAGGGGUCCCAGGGGUCCCGGGCAUACAAGGAGAGAAAGGUUUACCUGGAGACAGAGGAGAGAGUGGAGAACAGGGUCCAGCUGGGUUUCCAGGUGUUAAAGGGUUUAAAGGGCAGAAGGGAGAUUUCACUGUGGCGGAUUUUAAAGGUGAGAAGGGAAACGUGGGCCAGCCGGGCCCUGCAGGCAGACAGGGAUUCUCAGGGAGAAGAGGACCCGACGGGGAUCCAGGGGUCCCUGGAAACCGUGGCCCCCAGGGUGACACUUUCAGCAGUUCUCCCGGAGAAAGAGGCCUCCCAGGAUUUUCAGGACCAAAGGGGUUAUUAGGGCCUUCAGGUUCCCCUGGAGGUGGUGUAGUCGGAGCGGUGGGGGAGCGUGGGGCCUCUGGGGACCCCGGACCUGCAGGAUUUCCAGGACUUCCAGGACUGAAGGGGGUUAAAGGUGAUACUCUGCCCUGUGCACCCCGAAACCCCGGGGCCCCUGGAGAGAAAGGAGAUGCUGGAAUUCCAGGUUACAUCGGCCUCCCGGGUCCUCCAGGUUUCCGUGGCGUCACGGGACCAGAUGGAGCUAAAGGAGACAAAGGACAGUAUGGAUUUCCUGGACCACCUGGACGACAAGGACCUCAAGGUUCAGUUGGAGAUACGGGAGAAGAAGGACCUGAAGGUUUCAGCUAUGGUGGAGAAUCAGGUUCUCUGGGGCUCCCAGGAUCUCCUGGACUCAGAGGACCAGCCGGCGACUCUGAUGUGGGGCCCUCAGGAGCAAUCGGGUUUCCAGGACCACAGGGCGCUCCGGGACCCAAAGGAGUCCCCGGUCCCCCCGGCAAUGACGGACAAUCAGGUGUCUUGGGUUUGUCUGGGGGCCCCGGAGUGCAGGGCCAGAGAGGAGAUGAUGGGGCUCCAGGUAUACCUGGGCCGCCAGGGCCCACGCCUGACCAAUGUGAUGUAGGAAAACCUGGUUUAAUGGGCCUCUUUGGCCUUCAAGGACCCAUCGGACCCCCAGGUUUUCCAGGGGAAAAGGGUGAGCUCGGAGUCGAGGGUCCCCCUGGUGUAGGCCCUCAAGGCCCUGUUGGUAAACCGGGGUACUCAGGCUUCCCGGGGUACCCGGGGCCUCAGGGCCCCUCCGGUUCCAGUGGAGACUUAGGACUGCCGGGACCCGAUGGUCAGAAAGGUCUGAUUGGACCUCAGGGCCUCGAUGGAGGGCCAGGAGCCCCGGGACUGACCGGAGAGAUUGGAGCCCCAGGAAGGACUGGAGAGAGAGGACCCAGUGGGCUGGAUGGAGCUCCAGGACUUGAGGGGCCGAAAGGACAGAAAGGCUGUAAAGGGGCACCAGGGCCUCCAGGACUGUUCAACUGCAUCCCCAUCAAAGGGCCAAGGGGCCAGCAAGGACCUCCAGGACACGUCGGGUUCCCAGGACCACGAGGGUCUAAAGGUGUGAAGGGAGCUAGAGGUAACCCAGGUUUUCCAGGGAUCAACGGCCCUUCAGGCAUUGUAGGACUCCCAGGACCUCCAGGACCACGUGGCAAACCAGGACCACCUGGACCAUGUGGACGAAAAGGGCCUCCAGGACUCAUUGGCUUCCCUGGACAGACUGGAGAUCCAGGUAACCCGGGAUGUCCGGGGAAAUUCGGGCCACCUGGUCACCAGGGAUGUCCAGGACCCAAAGGUAACAAAGGAGCAUCUACUGGUUGUUCUGGUCCACCUGGAGACAAGGGGCCUCCCGGACCAUUUGGGACCCCAGGAAUUCCUGGACCUCGAGGAGAUCCUGGAAUACCCGGUUUCACUGGAGGUCCAGGGCCGAAAGGAUGCAAAGGAGAUCCAGGCCUCCGUGGAAAUCGAGGUGUUCCAGGUGUGUUGGGUCCUCCAGGUCCCAGAGGUCGUCCCGGUCUCCCAGGUCUGCCUGGUAAGCCGGGGGCUGAUGGUCCUCCAGGACCGCAGGGCAACCCAGGACUCCAAGGUCCUCCUGGACCACUCGGACUUCACGGACUGGAUGGACUGAAAGGUGUAAAGGGGGACAUGGGGACCAGAGGUCUGGGUGUGCCAGGUCCUCCCGGUUGCAAAGGUCUUCCAGGAGAUAAGGGUCCUCCUGGUCCUCCAGGUCCAUGUGGUACUUCUCAGCCUGGACCUCCAGGACCUAAAGGCCCCCAAGGACCUAAAGGACCGCCAGGUGGUUGUGGACCUCCAGGUAAACCUGGGCUGAACUGUAGAGCUCCAGUCCCAGGGGCUUAUGGAGAUCCUGGUAGUGCUGGCCCAGAUGGAGAAAGAGGAGGUCCUGGUCCUGUGGGGGAUCCGGGUCCAAAUCGUCCAGUUUGUGGGGAUGUUGGAGACAAUGGUGAUUCAGGGAGCCCAGGGCCAAAGGGACCACCGGGGUGUAAAGGGCUUCCAGGACAGCCAGGCUUACCUGGAAACCCAGGACUCAAAGGUAAUCCGGGGGAUCCAGGUUUGAUGGGAGUUCCUGGCAAUCGUGGUCCUAAAGGUGAUCCCGGUUGCAAUGGACCUAGAGGACCAAAAGGAAUUUGUGGGCCACCAGGUCCAAAGGGGGAAAAGGGACGAGUCUUCCCCUGCCCCACAUACCCUCCUCCGCCACAGGGACCCCCGGGACCACCUGGACGCCCUGGUCGCUCAGGAGGCCCCGGCCUACCAGGAGAAAAUGGCCAGAACGGGCCUAAAGGUAAGAAGGGGGCUCCUGGAUCUGUUGGACCCAUAGGCUCAGUGGGGCCCCCAGGUCCAGAUGGAGAGAGAGGAGACCCUGGCUUGCAAGGGGAGAAGGGAAUUACGGGAGCGAAAGGUGAUCGUGGUCCGAUCGGCGACCGCGGUCCUCCUGGGCCAUCCAUGAACUUGAACUCGGGCUUCCUGUUGGUGAUGCACAGCCAAUCGAAGAGGGUUCCCAGGUGUCCAGAGAACAUGAGGGUGCUGUGGGAAGGUUACAGUCUUCUGUACCUGGAGGGGCAGGAGAAGGCUCAUACUCAGGAUCUUGGUCAGGCAGGCUCAUGUAUGCGUGUCUUCUCCACCAUGCCCUUCUCCUCCUGCAACAUGGGAACCUGCUCAUAUGCCAGUCGCAAUGACAAAUCUUACUGGCUGUCGACAAUGGCGGCGGUGCCCAGCAUCCCCGUGGUUGGGCCAUCCAUCGAAGACCACAUCAGCCGCUGCGUGGUGUGCGAAGCCCCCUCCUCACCCGUCGCACUGCACAGCCAAUCCGCCAACCAGCCACAGUGCCCACCCAGCUGGAGGAGCCUGUGGACUGGAUACUCCUUCCUUAUGCAUACCGGUGCCGGUGACGAGGGUGGCGGCCAGUCUCUGACAUCAUCAGGCAGCUGUCUGACGGACUUCAGAGCCCAACCCUUUGUGGAGUGUCAGGGGCCACGAGGAACCUGCCACUACUUUGCCAACAUCUACAGCUUCUGGCUGAAAAGCGUCCCGGCGAGCGCCGCUGCCUCCUCCAGCUCGGCCAGCACGAUGACGGACAGCUCAGAGCAGAGGGAGAACAUCGGGAGGUGCAACGUCUGCAUGAUGAUGGACAUGAGGGUGUGAGGAGGGAGGCCACCACCUCCUCGUGCAGCAAGAGAGAGGAAGACCAGCACCUCCUCCUCCCUCAUGAGGGCGCAAGGAGACGCUUCGCCUCAUUCACGAGAGGAGACGCUUCUCCUCCUUUUCUUUCGUGAGGGCGAAGAAGAUACUUUGCUUUCUCCGAGGGGUCGGACGGUUUGUCUGAGAGGAGAGACUGUCAUGUUACAGAAUACCGCUGCCAAUCAGUAAGUCCACUGAUGAUCAAUUAGUCCUGAUAGUCAAUCAGUCAAUCACAGCAGCCACUUCAAAAUUCUCUACUGUAAAAAAGUUUCUCAAUAAAUCCGCUUUCUACAGUUAUUUCAAACUCCUUCAGGGUUAAAACCAGAUUUCUCAGAAAGUAGCAUAAGUUUAGGUUUAAAAUAAGGAUUAGUAUGCCAAAAAAUGUUAAUAAAAGUGACUCUUGUGGUAUCUGAUCUGUUACAUGUAUUACUUAAUAAGUUAGAUACCACACUCUAGUAUUUUGAAACAGAAAAAAAUGUUUUAAACCAGUUUUAAGACAGUUGUGUGACUAAACCUAUAACCAAAAAUUGCCUCAUGUAUUUUGUCUCAAUAAAAAUAAAAGAUAUAAGAUAUAGAUUCUCUCUUUAAAAUCAAAAUGAUUUUAACAUUUUUUAUUUAUUUUUUUGACCCACAUUCAGUGUCAUUGCUAAACGCGGUUGGAAGAUACAUUUAUUAAUUCCAAAACAACUGUAGCACUUUAAAUCUAACUUCUAAUUUUACAUAUUUGUAGUUUAUGAUAAUGUUGAAAGAUACAGACUUUCUUUUGGGUUAAUGACUAACUUGUUUCAUAUGAAAACAAACUGCAGGCAGCAGGGGGCGCUGCUGCACAGAAUAACAAACUGAAAACAUAAAGGACCCAGAAUUGAACCUGUUAGAAUCAACAAUUUUAAGAAGCUAUAUGUUAUCAAAUUGGUGAGACCAUGAUUUUUUUAUUUUAUUUGUUGAAAUAAUCCAGAUUGGAUUAUUUUUCUAUUGCAUUUGAGCAGUUUAACUGUUCCCCUGCAGCUCAGAAAAUGAUAUUAUUCAUCUUCCCCGACAGAGGUGCUAUUCUCAACUCAAAAUGGUAUUUGUUUAGCCUAGCCGCGCUAGACAACCCACGGCUACGAAUUUAAUUCUCUGCCAGGGUGGGUCUAGUUACCCUCCAUAAGGCUCGAGGCUGGAUUCUCCUAAAACUGGCCGGACCAAUCACCAUGAAGUGUAGAGUCAGAAGGCGGGCGUAACGAAGUGACGACAGAGGCACGACGAUUCUGACAGAAACAACCGGCGCAUAAUAAACAGUUAUCUUUUGACUCGGCUUUGGCCACAGCCCUUAAAGAUUUGAAGCUAAAAUUCAACUAGAAAGAUAAACAAAGGACGGCACUGAAGUGUUUCAUUAAGAAGAAAGACGUAUUUGGACUUAUGCCGACGGGAUAUGGCAAAUCCUUAAUAUACCAGUUGGCUCCGCAGCUCCGCUGGUUGGGAAGCUAAUGGAACUUAGCCACAAUCCGCCGGUGCUCUCGGAACUACGUCAGCCUAUUCGUUGUGUUGAUUGGUUGUAUACCUACCCAAUUGCUGCAGAGGGAUUUGAUAGACAACCUUUUAGCCCGCCUCCCUCCCUGUCGAGCUUCCCUAGACCCUUGUGCCAUCAGAAACAUGGGUGUAGCGUGGCUAGGCUAGUAUUUGUUGGUAAUUUUAUCAAAACUUAAAAACUAAAAAGGUCAUCCUGUUUUUAAGGUCAUCUUUUAUUUGUUCACAACUUGUGAUACGUCUGGCAUAAUUUGGCACUUCAGUGGUGUUUUUGUUACGUUCAUUAAUUUAUUUUUAUUGUCAACUUUAAUUAGCUCCGUAUUCCUUACUGAAAGCGAUACAAUCAUCAAAAUGGAAAUUACUUGUUGCUACAUUUGUACAUUUGGUGAAAGUUGAUUGGCUAACGUGACAUUCUCUCCUCAUCAGAGAACAACAUGAAACCAUUUAGACCGAUAUAGAACUGGAGGUGCGGUACGAAGCCUCGGUGUGAUACAUUAUAAAGUCGCCGCCAUCUUACUCAGGCACAUUUGCACCAAUGCUGCUGCUGUCAGAUUCAUCAUUAAUGGCACAACAAGACUACAGCUGCAUCAUCCAGUCUCAUAUAUAAUAAUACAACACGCUCACUAAGUAGCUAGGUUAGGCUAGGCUACUGUUUACUACAGCCAAGACUGUGGUCACACUUAAAGUUAAAACAUACCAUAAAAUAACAUCAGAUGCAGGACUGGGCAGGCUACGCAGAAAGUUAGCUAAGCUAGCAGCUGCUCUACCUUAAAUGAAACUUUGCUAAUAAUGCUACUUGUAUCAAUGCUGCUGCCCAAUAGUGAAUACGUGUUAUAAAGGACAUUUAGUAGCUAAGCUAAAAUUAACUACAGCACACAAGACAUUGGACCAUCUACUUGGAAAGUCAGCUAAACUAGCAUUGGCUAUGCUGAAUGAAACUUUCCAAGAUGUUUGCAAGUAACGCCACUAAAGGUCACUAAAUAUCUAUUCUAGGCUAAGGUUAAUUGUAGCCAAGACUUUAGUCAUACCUCAAACUUAACACGCACUGAAAACAUACAACGUAACAUCAGAUGUUAAAGUAAGGCAAAUUAGCUAAGCUAGCAGUUGCUCUACACUAAAUGAAAGUUCUGUGAACCCCACCUGUAGCACUUCUUGAUCAAUAAAGGAAGGUUACUACUAAACAGUAUUUGAGAAAACAAACAUAGUGUAAUACAAUAUUGGACACGCGACAUAGAAAUGAGGGUAUAAGGGGCAGUGGCUCUGUUAAAUAAAACUUAGCAAAAGGUCACAAGUAAUGCCGCUACUUGUAGCAGUGCAACUUCCUGACACAGAAUGCAGCUUAUGAAGCUCAUUAUGUAGCCAGGCUAGGCUAGGGUAAGGUUAAUUGUAUUCAAGAGUUUAGUCAUGCUUCAAAUACGCACUUAAGACAUGCAACGUAACAUCAUAUGCUGAGCAAGGUACUUGGAAAGUGUAGUGAGGUAAGCUAGCAGUAGUUCCAUGCUAAAUGAAAGCUGUGUAAGCCCUUUAUUAAUCAAUAAAACAGGUUUUAAAAUUGUUUGAGAAAACAACAGUUACCACCAUGCUACUGACAAAUGUAGUUAAAUAAAUAGCGACACUACUGCCCAACACUGAAUAGGUCACACAGCUUAUUAAGCUGUAGCUAUGCUAGGCUAACAUUCACUACACCUGAGACUUUAGGCACAUUUGAACAAUACCUUAAACUAAGUUCUAUAAAACAACAUGACGAGAUUUUAAAACCUUUUUCAGAGGUUAGCAUUUGUGAAAAUUUUCCCAAAGCCAUAAAAUUUGGGGAAGACACAAGCAAAAUUCUUUCCUUCCCACUGAUCCAAAUCAUGAAUACCUCCACAGACAAAAUUUUUAUUUACUGGCCUUUGAUAAACAAAACCGUAUGAAAAGAACUUACCAUUACUAAGCGUACCACACAUCAGUUUCUGUUGAUGCUAAGCUAGCUGUUACUCUCCAAUAAAUACAGCUUCACUUCCCCGGAGAUACCCACAGGGAAAUGUAGCAAGCUAAGCUACAUCAACAUGGCAAAAACUAUUUGCUACAUCAGAACAUACUAACAUACUUCCUUUUUAUUAGUUAGCUGCCUACAGACAGUGAAAUCUAGCUAGCAGUUAGCUGUCCUUUGCAGACACAAAACAGAGUAGUUGCCACCAUGUUCCUGCCAAAAACCGAUUACAGUGAGUUAACGUCACUAUGUAGCUAACUAGCUAACCACAACUGAGAUCAUAGGCCCACCUCAAACUUAAAAUGUGUUUAAACAUUAUAACAAUAGAACAUCACAUGCUUUAUUACAAAAUAUUGAUUUGAGUUGGUAAGAUGCUAACGUGCACUACCGUUCAAAAGUUUGGGGUCACUUAGAAAUGUUCUUAUUUUUGGAAGAAAAGCAUUUUCCCCCAAUGAAGAUAACAUUAAAUGAAUCAGAAAUCCAGUGUAGACAUUGUUAAUAUGGUAAAUAAUUAUUCAAGCUGGAAACGUCUGAUUUUUAAUGGAAUAUCUACGUAGGGCAACCAUCACUCCUGUGUUCUAAUGUUACAUUGGGUUAGCUAAUGGUGCUAAAAGGCUAACUGAUUAUUAGAAAACCCUUGUGUGAGCUCUCAUGGAAAACAGGAAAUCGUCUGAGUGACCCCAAACUUUCGAGCGGUAGUGUAAUUUCCAGCUAAUUCUCGCCACCUUUUUUCUUGGUAACUUCCUGUGGCUUAGCAGCCAUUUUGAUGUCCAGUCCUUGGUAAGAUGGUGGCGAUACGAUGAUGUAUACAAGAGUAGUUCUGAUAUAUCCAUGUAAGCUCCGCCUUCAGCCCCACCCAGAGCCCAACCAGAAUUGCACUGAGAAUAGUUCUGAUUAGUCAGCAGAAAGUCAUUCUGAUUAGUCAGCAGAAAGUCAUUCUGAUUGGUCAGCUGCGAUGCCGUGACUGCGUGUCAUUGGUCGGUCAGUAUUUUGCUCAUGUGGCAAAGAAUCGCGUGAGAAGCUGUGAAUAUAUUCGAGGUUAAACCUUGAAAAAAAACGUGUUUUUGUUCCAGUUUUCUUUCGGAUCAGACGUGUUCGGAGCUGCUCCCUCAGCUUGUGUGGUUUUUUUUGUAUUAUUCAUGUUUCAACACAGAAAUGAUUCAGCUCAAGGUUCAAUUAAGACGAAAUAGACGAGUAGUCAUGACCAGUGGUAGUCUGAGUCGAGCAUCUAACGGGGUGAGCUGCAACACAGGAUCAGAACCAGACCAGACCAGGACCAGGACUCCUUCAGAACCAGGAGCUAAUGUCGCUUUUUACAUUCCACAUCCAUUUCAUGAGUCAGUUUUCUCGGUUUUUACUGUUUCCUUGUGCUCUUGAUAAAGUUGACUUGAAAGUUGAUCUGUUGAUAGUUACCUAGUCGCUGUCAUUGCAUUAUACCGCCUGAAUAAACACUGCUGAACAUUUCACUUUCUUUCAUUUAGAACAAAUAUUUAGUGGAGUUUUUUAUUACUGAUUCAGUUUCUCGUCCCGGUUCUUGUUUCGGUCCUGGUUCUGGUUCGCUAUUAUUUCUCUAUGAUUUGUAAAUAUGUUCGAUGGUUUUAUAUUUUUACUGUAAAUGUCAUCAGAGUAUUUAUUUAGCCUGAAAUUAAUGUUGGUGCUAUUUGAUGUUUAAUUUGUUUGUUUUUUAAUUUCAUUUUGAUAAAAGACGACGCAGUGAGCCCCGCCCGCAUCCUCCACCAAAAUACACAAAAUAAAAUGAAUCAAAUUCUAUGUAGAAACUCACCAGAACAAAAUAUCCUAAAGUCGACCAUCGUAAACUCAUAAACGAGCAUUUCAUACGUAGAUGACUUACUUUCUCACAUUUUCUUGAUUAUUUUUUAGAGAAACGAGGUUUUGAAACACGAGUGUCUCACUAUAUACAGCCCCAAACAAAGGUUUACUACAGCUCCCAUGAUGCUUCAGUAGGAGGAAGAGGGCGGAGCCACUGUGCUGUUGUCAGUUUUUAUUGUAUUUAAAUCUGUCGGUGAUAUUUUAAUCUCUGUAGGAGGAAAUUUCUCACUAACACUUGUGAAACAUUUUACUCUCUGUGAAUGGACGACACUUCAAUAAAUCGCAUCAAACUUUUA